GAGCUGCUGAAUCAGGAAAUCCCGGUACAUGAUUUAUUCUUCUGACUGAAAAAUGCCACGCAAGAAGGUGACAGAUGUCUCAGGGAACGGUGGGGUGAAAAAGAAGAGGACCAGCGGCAAAAGGAAAGAGAGGGACUUCAGCAGCGAUGAUGAGUUUGACUUUGAGCAGGAGAACAACAAGAAACCUGGAAAGCCCACCACCAAGUCUGGUCUGCAGCCCAUCACUGUGGCAGAUGAUGUCAAAGAGAAAAUAAAACUUGACUGCCCAAAGACUAAAGGUCAGCUGCUCAUCUUUGGAGCGACUAACUGGGAUUUGAUUGGAAGAAAGGAGGUGCCCAAACAACAAGCGGCUUUCCGUAACCUGGGCCAGAAUCUGUGGGGUCCUCACCGCUACGGCUGUCUGAACGAUGUCCAGGUGAGCUGCGUGAUGGCUGGUCCCUGUGCUGCACACAGUCUCCUCCUGACCACCGAGGGAAAGCUGUGGAGCUGGGGGCGUAAUGACAAAGGUCAGCUGGGACACGGAGACACCAAGCGCCUGGAGGCUCCCAAGUUAAUCGAGGGCCUGGCAGAUCAUGUGAUCGUUGCAGCAGCCUGUGGACGCAAUCACACCCUGGCACUCACAGAGGAUGGCACUGCAUACUCUUUUGGUGAGAACAAGCUGGGCCAGCUCGGCCAAGGCAACCAGACUGAUGCGGUCCUCAGCCCAGCACCAAUCUCCUACAAUGGUCAGCCCCUGGUGAAGGUGGCUUGUGGUGCAGAGUUCAGCAUGGUGGUGGACUGUAAAGGAAACCUCUACUCCUUUGGCUGCCCUGAGUAUGGACAGCUGGGCCACAACAGCGAUGGGAAGUUCAUAGCUCGUGCUCAGCGCAUCGAGUUCGACUGCGAGCUCAUCGCCCGGCGGGUUGCCAUCUUUAUUGAGAAGUCCAAGGACGGCCAGGUCAUGCCCGUGCCCAACGUGGUGGUCCGAGACGUGGCCUGCGGGGCUAACCACACGUUGGUGCUGGACUCUCAGAAGCGGGUGUUCAGCUGGGGUUUCGGAGGGUAUGGGCGUCUGGGACACACGGAGCAGAAAGACGAGAUGGUUCCCCGACUGGUCAAACUGUUUGACUUCCCCGGACGUGGAGCCAGUCAGAUCUACACAGGAUACCAGUGUUCCUUCGCUGUCAGUGAGAUGGGGGGUCUGUUCUUCUGGGGCGUGACCAACACAUCCAGAGAGUCCACUAUGUACCCCAAAGCUGUGCAGGAUCUGUGUGGCUGGAAGAUCCGCAGUCUGGCGUGCGGGAAGAGCAGCAUCAUCGUCGCUGCAGAUGAGAGCACCAUCAGCUGGGGCCCCUCACCCACAUUUGGAGAGCUGGGAUAUGGAGAUAACAAACCCAAAUCCUCCACCACCGCCCAGGAGGUCAAAACCUUGGAUGGCAUCUACAUCGAGCAGGUGGUGAUGGGCUACGCUCACUCUAUGAUCAUUGCCAGGCAGGACUCUGAGCAGGAGCAGGAGAAACUGAAAAAGCUGCCAGAGUACAACCCCCGAACAAUCUGACGGGGGCGCCCCACACCAACACCUCAACCCUUUUCACUGGAGCAGAGACCAGCGACGCUCAGCAGGAACACCUGUCCAGGUGUGGUGCACUAAGUGGGACGGUUGAGUUCAGAGGGGGGAGGAGGCGCUCACAAGUCUGCAGGAUAUCCAUACAUCUCAACUACCAGCAAACUAGCUCUCCACCAAUUAGGACAAUGAAAAUCAGAUAAAACGGGACUGGAGGCGGGACAGAUCCUCAGGGAUGGUCCAGGUCUCACAAUGAACGCUCAUCUUCACCUCUCACCUCAAGUAAACCUGCAACAGUUUGCUUCAAGCACUUCACACCUAGCAGAGUCGUGCUUCCCCCAAAAAAUGUUUUUUUUUUUUUCCAUUUUGUAAUACAGCCAAACGUUCAUGUUUAAUUUCUCUUGUUCUGAUUUGUUAUUUUUGUGGCAGUAUUUGAAAUAAUAGAGUUGUUUGUCACAUUUACGGGUGCUACAGCAGGACUCUCAGUCUUUUCCUACUGAGGGCUUUUCAAAGACCAACACUCCAUACCUGUGCCUUUUUCUACGUGUAUGUUCAGGAUAUGGAAGUCUUGUUUAUGUCGUUCCAGACGGUCAGCUGAUCAGUCUGAUUUCAUGUCAGUGGCAGUAAAGCAGGUCUGUGUGCAGCUGCCACACUUUACAAUCAGGAUUUUUGGAACAUGAUGUUCUAAGUUUGUGCACUCCACUCGAUGUUACAUUCCUUUUGUUGUCUUCUUCCUCAGUGUUUGCAUCUAAGAUGCACACCUCAGUCCUUCCAGACCUCAGCGUCUGCUAGCUCUCAUCUUUGCUAAUGAGUAGAAUUUAACUAUUCCGGCGCUCAAAGCGGUUUCACACGCAGGUCAGAACUUUCAGAACCAAUAAUGCACUGUCUGGAAAUGGUUCAAUGCUGGAGACUUGUCCCAGUUUUUAAAACAGCAGAGGUUGUUUUCCUCCUACCUGUACUGCAUUCUUUUUUAUGGAAAUUUCUCUGGGUUACAUUGUUUUUCGUUGAAAUGGUUAAUAAAGAUUCAUGUA